GGCGGGCGGGAGGCUGAGGACGGGCGCCGGGACGGCUCCGGGCAGCGGGGGUCGAGGCCCGGGCCGGUUCGCGCGGGGGGAUACGAGGAUGAGCCGGCAGCGGGGCCCCGGAUCGCGUCUCGUCCGCCGCCUCCCCACGGCAGCCCCAGCUCGCGGCUGAGAACCACACACACCGGCGGUAUGGCAUCACAGCUGCAGGUGUUUUCCCCCCCAUCAGUGUCGUCGAGUGCCUUCUGCAGUGCGAAGAAACUGAAAAUAGAGCCCUCUGGCUGGGAUGUUUCAGGACAGAGCAGCAACGACAAAUACUAUACCCACAGCAAAACCCUCCCAGCCACACAAGGACAAGCCAACUCUUCUCAGCAGGUAGCAAAUUUCAACAUCCCUGCUUACGACCAGGGUCUCUUGCUUCCAGCCCCUGCAGUGGAGCACAUUGUUGUAACAGCUGCUGAUAGCUCAGCUAGUGCUGCUACAUCAACCUUCCAGAGCAGCCAGACCCUGACUCACAGAAGCAACGUGACUUUGCUCGAACCCUAUCAAAAAUGUGGAUUGAAAAGAAAAAGUGAGGAAGUUGAUAGCAACGGUAGUGUGCAGAUCAUAGAAGAACAUCCCCCUCUCAUGCUGCAAAACAGGACUGUGGUGGGUGCUGCUGCCACGACCACCACGGUGACCACAAAAAGCAGCAGUUCAAGCGGAGAAGGGGAUUACCAGCUGGUCCAGCAUGAGAUCCUUUGCUCUAUGACCAACAGCUAUGAAGUCUUGGAGUUCCUGGGCCGUGGAACCUUUGGACAGGUAGCAAAAUGCUGGAAACGGAGCACAAAGGAAAUUGUGGCGAUUAAAAUCUUGAAGAACCACCCCUCCUAUGCCAGACAAGGGCAGAUUGAAGUGAGCAUUCUUUCCCGGUUAAGCAGUGAAAAUGCUGACGAGUAUAAUUUUGUCCGUUCUUAUGAGUGCUUUCAACACAAGAAUCAUACCUGCCUUGUUUUUGAGAUGUUGGAGCAGAACUUGUAUGAUUUUCUUAAGCAGAACAAGUUUAGCCCACUGCCACUCAAGUAUAUCAGGCCAAUCUUGCAGCAGGUGGCCACAGCCUUGAUGAAACUCAAGAGCCUUGGUUUGAUUCAUGCUGACCUUAAACCUGAAAACAUAAUGCUGGUUGAUCCAGUUCGCCAACCCUACCGAGUGAAGGUCAUUGACUUUGGUUCUGCUAGUCAUGUUUCCAAAGCUGUGUGCUCCACCUACUUACAGUCACGCUACUAUAGAGCCCCUGAAAUUAUUCUUGGGUUGCCUUUUUGUGAAGCUAUUGACAUGUGGUCACUGGGCUGUGUGAUAGCUGAGCUGUUCCUGGGAUGGCCACUGUAUCCUGGUGCUUCAGAAUAUGAUCAGAUUCGUUAUAUUUCACAAACGCAAGGCCUACCGGCUGAAUAUCUUCUCAGUGCUGGAACAAAAACAACCAGGUUCUUCAACAGAGACCCUAACCUGGGCUACCCACUGUGGAGGCUUAAGACACCUGAGGAACAUGAGUUGGAGACUGGAAUAAAAUCAAAAGAAGCUCGGAAAUAUAUUUUCAACUGUUUAGAUGACAUGGCUCAGGUGAAUAUGUCUACAGACUUAGAGGGAACAGACAUGUUGGCAGAGAAGGCAGAUCGAAGAGAAUACAUUGAUCUUUUGAAAAAAAUGUUAACAAUUGAUGCAGAUAAGAGAAUUACUCCUCUGAAAACUCUUAACCAUCAGUUUGUAACAAUGACCCAUCUUCUGGAUUUUCCGCAUAGCAAUCAUGUUAAGUCUUGUUUCCAGAACAUGGAGAUCUGCAAGCGGAGGGUUCACAUGUAUGACACAGUGAGUCAGAUCAAGAGUCCCUUCACUACACAUGUGGCCCCAAAUACAAGCACAAACCUAACAAUGAGCUUCAGCAACCAGCUCAAUACCGUGCACAAUCAGGCCAGUGUUCUAGCUUCCAGUUCUGCUGCAGCUGCUGCUACUCUUUCUCUGGCUAAUUCAGAUGUCUCGCUGCUAAACUACCAGUCAGCUUUAUACCCUUCCUCUGCAGCCCCGGUUCCUGGAGUGGCCCAGCAAGGUGUUUCUUUGCAGCCGGGAACCACUCAGAUUUGCACUCAGACAGACCCAUUUCAACAGACGUUUAUAGUGUGUCCACCUGCUUUCCAAACAGCUGGACUGCAAGCAACAACAAAGCAUUCUGGAUUCCCUGUGAGGAUGGAUAAUGCUGUGCCCAUUGUACCCCAGGCCCCUGCUGCUCAGCCACUGCAGAUUCAGUCAGGCGUUCUCACGCAGGGAAGCUGUACACCACUAAUGGUAGCAACUCUCCACCCUCAAGUAGCCACCAUCGCACCGCAGUAUGCGGUGCCCUUUACUCUGAGCUGCGCAGCCGGCCGGCCGGCGCUGGUUGAACAGACUGCUGCUGUACUGGAAAAAGUCAAGAAUGAGUCAAGUCUGGAUCUUUUUCUGUGUGUUUCCUUACAGCAGGCUUGGCCUGGAGGAACUCAACAAAUUCUCCUGCCUUCAACUUGGCAGCAGUUGCCUGGCGUAGCUUUACACAACUCUGUCCAGCCUGCCACAGUGAUUCCAGAGGCCCUGGGGAGUGGCCAACAGCUGGCCGACUGGAGGAAUGCCCACUCUCACGGCAACCAGUAUAGCACCAUCAUGCAGCAGCCAUCCUUGCUGACUAACCAUGUGACGCUGGCCACUGCUCAGCCCCUCAAUGUUGGUGUUGCCCAUGUUGUCCGACAGCAGCAAUCCAGUUCCCUCCCUUCCAAGAAGAAUAAGCAGGCUGCUGCAGUCUCUUCCAAAUCCUCUCUGGAAACUCUGCCUUCCCAAGUUUUUUCUCUGGUUGGGAGCAGUCCUCUCCGCACCACAUCGUCUUAUAAUUCCCUAGUCCCUGUCCAAGAUCAGCACCAGCCAAUCAUCAUUCCAGACACUCCCAGCCCUCCUGUGAGUGUCAUCACUAUCCGUAGUGACACUGAUGAGGAAGAGGACAACAAAUACAAGCCUAACAGCUCUGGCCUAAAGCCAAGAUCUAACGUCAUCAGCUAUGUCACUGUCAAUGAUUCCCCCGACUCUGACUCUUCCUCGAGUAGCCCAUAUCCCACUGAUACCCUGAGUGCUCUCCGGGGCAAUAGUGGGGCUCUUCUGGAGGGGCCAGGCAGAGUUGUGGCAGAUGGCACUGGCACCCGUACCAUCAUUGUGCCUCCACUGAAAGCUCAGCUGGGUGACUGCACAGUAGCAACCCAGGCAUCAGGUCUCCUGAACAGUAAGACCAAGCCAGUGGCCUCAGUGAGUGGGCAGUCAUCUGGAUGCUGUAUUACUCCUACAGGGUAUCGAGCUCAGCGUGGGGGGACCAACGCAGCCCAGCCACUCAACCUUAGCCAGAACCAGCAGUCAUCUUCAGCUCCAGCCUCUCAGGAGAGAAGUGGCAACCCUGCCCCCCGCAGGCAGCAGGCGUUUGUGGCCCCACUCUCCCAAGCCCCCUACGCCUUUCAGCAUGGCAGCCCACUGCACUCGACGGGGCACCCACAUCUGGCCCCAGCCCCUGCUCACCUGCCAAGCCAGCCUCACCUGUAUACGUAUGCUGCCCCCACCUCUGCUGCUGCAUUGGGUUCCACCAGCUCCAUUGCUCAUCUCUUCUCUCCCCAGGGCUCUUCAAGGCAUGCCACAGCCUAUACCACCCAUCCAAGCACUCUGGUGCACCAAGUUCCUGUCAGCGUGGGGCCCAGCCUCCUCACUUCUGCCAGUGUGGCCCCUGCUCAGUACCAACACCAAUUUGCCACCCAGUCAUACAUUGGGUCCUCUCGAGGCUCAGCAAUUUACACUGGGUACCCGCUGAGUCCGACCAAAAUCAGCCAGUAUUCCUACUUGUAGUUGGUGAGCAUGAGGGAGGAGGAGUCGUGGCUGCCGGCCCAGUCCCUGAGAGGCUGAAAAUGGCUGUGGUGAGCUCCUCCUCUACUCUCUCCUGAAACUCUUUAGCCAGCAACUUGUUCUGCAGGGGCCCACUGAAGCAGAAGCAGAAGGUUCUUCUCUGGGGAACCUGUCUCAGUGUUGACUGCAUUGUUGUAGUCUCCCAAAGUUUGCCCUAUUUUUUAAUUCUUUAUUUUUGUGACAACAUUUCUGGCAUUGAAAAAGUUUAGAUUCCCAUCUUCUGCAGUGACUGAGGAAGAGAAAUGAUUCUGAGGUUGCCCUUUGAAAAUGAGAUUGUCUCUCUGACUUGAUUUCUAUAAGUGCUUUUAAGUCGCUCUUUGUUUUACUGUAUCAGAGGAAAAAUGCUGAUAGAAGGAUUGAAAGUCUGAUAAGUCAAAAGAGGAAAAUCAUUACUUUUUUAUUUGAAAGCCAAGCUUAUCUGCCCAUUUUAUUUGGAAAGCAGCUUAUUCAAGGCUAUUCUGUACUAUCAGGCAUUUCUCCUCAAAAUUUUAUCUUUGUUUAUGAAGCAUGUAGACUGAUGUUUUAGUUUUGUUUCCCAUGUUGUAUCAUACCUAAUGAUCAGUUUUAUAAAACUGGUGGUAUGUUUUAUUCGGUGUUACUCCUAGGAUUCCCUCAGUUGCUCCUGUGUAUAUUAAAGUGGUGUUAGAAAGGCCGUUCACCACUUUCUGGUAACAUAGUGUGUGAGAGAAUCCAAUCCAUACCUACCAUGAAAGUGCCAAGUCAUCUUUUAAAAUGAGCACCAUGAAUUCUUUUUUAAGUUAUUUUAAAGUUUUCCUCUCUCUGAUUCAGCUUAAAUGUCAUGGGAAAAGCCAUUAAGGUGGUUAUUGUUGUAUGGUGGUUAUUGUAUUAUAUGCAAAAUAUCUUUCUAUUAUGAAAUGGUGGUAUUGAUGAGCUUUGCCUAAAGGUAGUAUGAAUUUUCAAUAAUACAUCCCUGUGUUUUCCUCAUCUCCCCUUCUGUUUUAUGUGAUUUAUUUGGGGAGAAGCUAAAGAAUCUGAAACCAGGUAAGAACGUUGUGUAUAGCUUUUAUACUUUUAAGUAGUUUUCUUUGUAUGCCAGCAGCAAAUUGAAUGCUCUCUUAUUAAAACUUAUGUAAUAAGUGCAUGUAGGAAUUGCAAAAAAUAUUUUAAAAAUUUAUUACUGAAUUUAAAAAUAUUUUAGCAGUUUUGUAAUGGUGGUGUUUUAAUAUUUUGCAUAAUUAAAUAUGUACAUAUCGAUUAGAAAAAUAUAACAAGCAAUUUUUCCUGCUAACCCCAAAUGUUAUUUGUAAUCAAACGUGUAGUGAUUACACUUGAAUUGUGUAUUUAGUGUGUAUCUGAUCCUCCAGUGUUACCCCCGGAGAUGGAAUUGAUGUCUCCAUUGUAUUUAAACCAAAAUGAACUGAUACUUGUUGGAAUGUAUGUGAACUAAUUGAAAUUAUAUUAGAGCAUAUUACUGUAGUGCUGAGUGAGCAGGGGCAUUGCCUGCAAGGAGAGGAAACCCUUGGAAUUGUUUUGCACAGGUGUGUCUGGUGAGGAGUUGUUUGUGUGUGUCUUUUCCCCCCUUCUUCCUCCCCUUAUUGUAGUGCCUUAUAUGACAAUGUAGUGGUUCAUAGCGUUUACAGUGAGCUUGCCUUAGGAUGGACCAGCAAGCCCCGUGAACCCUAAGCAGUUCACUGGGAUGUAUUGGGACAGGAGUAGUAGCUGUGUUGUGUAAAUGCAUUGUUCUCAGUUUCCCUGCUGACUUGGAAGAAUAAAAACAGCAGCUUUUCUUUACCGCAACCUCUACCCAUUUCCCGUUUCCACUUUGGGUUCUGAGCUGAAUUCUCACAGAAGCAUUUUCCCUGCGUUGCUCUGUCACUGUGCGUUGCUACCGUGCUUUUGUGAGAAUUCGGGAAGCGGGUGAGAGGAUUGAAGCCAAUAUUAAAUAUGCAUUUUUUAAAAGUAUGUGCAAUCACUUUUAGAAUGCGAUUUUUUUCCCAUGUGGCAGUCCUUCCUGCAAAUAGUUAACGUUGAUAAUAAAAUAUUUGCUUGUUGAAAAAGAAAUUUAACAGAUGUGUUUAUACCAAAGAGCCUGUUGUAUUGCUUACCAUAGCCCCCACACUGGAGGAAGAGUUUGUGGUGCUGCUGGUUCAAGGAACUCACAGCAAACUUUCUUAACCAGUGAAGGAUACUAAGAAGGAACUGAAACUUGUUGCAUCAUCGGGGCUUUUGAAGUUUCUUUCUUAUAACUUUUAUUCUUGGGGCCCUUCAAGCUGUGAAAUUGUCCUUGUACUCUCAGCUCCUGUGCGGAUCUGGGGCAGGUAGAAGGGACGGGGACUGGGAACAUUCCUGCCUACAAAGGCCACGAAGAAGAAGGUUAACCCUAACAUGCAGAUGUGUUCCAUCUGAGCUGGAAAUUGUAUACAUGAGGAGUAAUUCUAGGACUGGUUCUCUAUGGAGAUGGUGUCAAGGAGGUGCCCGAUGGAGAUGGGAGAUUCGUGGAACCUGGUCAGCAAAUUCUGAACCGGGUUGAACACCGAGGAGCUAAGUAUUUGGAGUUUUUUUAUUGUAAGGAGGAAGGGCUUCCAAGAUGGGGUGGGCAGUCGGUGCAGUCUACCCAGAAAUACACAUAUGUGUGCGUGUGCGUGGUUCUUUAAACUGUUCUGCUGCGAUGUAUUUUCAGCACCAUAUUGGUCAAAACAGACAAUUUGAUGAUUUCUGUUGCUACUGUUAAAUUGUUUACUGGUCAACACGUGAUCUUUGUGCCACCUUUUUUUGCCAAGCGCAUUCUGACUUCCUGGUUCAAACACAUGUCUAGUUCCUAAGGGAGACAAUUUUUGUUCCUUAUCUUUUUCUUCCUCAAGGAACAUAAUGUAUUGUUUUUGUAUAAAAUGAGAUGCAAGAAGAGAAGAUCCCCCUGCCUGCUUCCACCAAGUAGAUGCCAUUUAAGAUAGGAGCCUUCAUUCUGUGGGAAAAGAGAAUAACCAAGAGCUUGUGUUUGCUGCUUAGUCACCCUAACUAGCAGCCUGUCUUCAGAAAAACUGCAGAUUUUCUGCCAGACUGCAGAUUGACAUUUCAGAUUUACCAAGAUACAGUUUCACCCGUGUCUGCCAAAUGUGUAUGUGUUUGAUGUGGCUUUAGAUUCUGUCCCUGGAUCCGAAAACACAGCUGGCCCGGGCAGCAUGGGGGAAACCGUAAGAAUUUGAUGUAAGUCCUCUCAGAACUAGGGUCUCCAGUGUCUUCCCUUCUGGGUGACAGAGGAAGUGGGGAGUAGUGAAGCAUCAGGCUCGUCGGACGCUAGAUCACUCCCAGGAGCUGAUCCCACCCUAUUCAGCUACCUACCAUCCCCAGAAGGAGAACUGCGCUUCAAGCAGUCCUGACCAUUCUGAGCCUGCGUUUGUGAUCGCUCAUUUCCUCGUCCUCCACUAGAGGGGCCGAGCUUGACUGCAGGAGCCAGGCAAGCACAGAAAUGUGUGCAUUACUCAGCAUUUCUUAUGCAAAAAUUCACAAGUUGAGAUGAUUUGUUUUAGACUAGGAAGUGAAAUUGGCUCUCACUGACAGGAAUGGCCCGAACCUGCUUCCUGUUUCGAUUUGUUUUCAACUGAUGAAUGGUGCAGCAUGUCUAUGUGGUUGUUUGUUGCUAAACUUUAUAUAAUGUGUGGUUUCAAUUCAGCUUGACAAAUAAUCUCACUACAUGUAGCAGUACAUUAUAUGUACAUUAUAUGUAAUGUUAGUAUUUCUGCUUCGAAUCCUUGAUAUUGCAAUGGAAUUCCUACUUUAUUAAAUGUAUUUGAUAUGCUAGUUAUUGUGUGCGAUUUAGACUUUUUUUGCUUUCUCCCUUUUCUGGUUGUGCGCUUCCUUUUACAACAAGCCUCUAGAAACAGAUAGUUUCUGAGAAUUACUGAGCUAUGUUUGUAUUGCAGAUGUAUUUAGGGAGUAUGUAAAAUAAUCAUCUUAACAAAAGAAAUAGAUAUUUAAAAUUUAAUACUAACUACGGGAAAAGGGUCCAUUGUGUAAAACAUAGUUUAUCUUUGGAUUCAAUGUUUGUCUUUGGUUUUACAAAGUAGCUUGUAUUUUCAGUAUUUUCUACAUAAUAUGGUAAAAUGUAGAGCAAUUGCAAUGCAUCAAUAAAAUGAGUAAGUUUUCUGA